AAGCUGGGUUUGCCCAACUGAACAGCCAAACACGGCUUUUUAGAAAAAUAGUAGAAAAAGACUCUCCUUCCUUCCUUCGCUUUCAGGCUUUCUCUCUCUCCUCUCCAAUACCUGAAAAAAUGGCGACAUCUUCUAGACGAACUAGCGGUCCGGUUCUCCGGUCCCUCUCCCCAUCCGGCCGGUUAUGCUCUCAGUAUGCUUCAGACUCUUCAUCUUCUUUUUCUUCCUCAGCUUUUGCUUUCUCGAGUUCAAGUUUUUAUUCACGCUCCUCAACUUUCUUUAAUACACACAGAUCAAUCUCUCCGCCACGUGUCAAUAUCUAUAAUCACUCCCAGUCCGUGCCGUCCGUGCGAUUCACGCUUGAUAACCGUCCGAUCUCGCCGAACCAUUCGAUUACCACCGUCCGUAGAAACACCGAGAUCGUGAGGAAUUUGGAGAAACAACAGCCGAAGCGUUCUUGUAUGUGUUCUCCCACGACGCAUCCUGGUUCCUUCCGUUGCAGUCUUCAUAAGAGUUUAAACAAUUCACAUGCGGCGUCCAGUUACGCGCCAAGUAAUCGGCUUAACGCGCGUAGAUCUGCGAUGACGAACUCGCUGGUGAGAAUUGGAGGAGUGGAAGGGGAUCUGGUUAAGAGAGCGUUGUCGGCUUUGAUUAGACCUUCGUCUCACCAGCAACGUCGCCGAGCAGCUUUCCAGCCUAGGCCUAGCCGACUCUCCUUGAUGUCAAAAGCUGAUGACUUAUAAAGAUCCCUUUCGCGGUAUGUGCAAUCUUCUAAUGUUUUUUGGUUGAGUAUCCGAGAUUUUCCGGUGAUAGGAGAUCCAGCUUCGGAGUAACGCCGGACUGUAGCGUUGAAGUAAGAUACCGGCGAGAAGGUUGGAGAUCUGGACGAGGGAUUCGGGACGGACAUGAUUUUUAGUGUACUCCGGGUGACCGAAACCGUAAAAUCCGAGGAACAAAUUAUCAUAUAGUUUGUUGGUGUAAAUACAUAUAUUUGCAGGCAAUGCCAAAUUUGAGGAGCCUUGAGAAAAAAAAAAGAACC